AUGAAUAACGGGUCCACGCGAAACAGUAAAAUCCCGAAGCUGGGUCUUCUGGAGACCAGUUUCGGGAGUGAGGAAUCGUUGGGGAGUAUAAGCUCAGGCCCUCUCUACAUCACCAUCACGGAGUACUCAAAGCGGAUGGAGGAUGAGCUUGACAUGAAGCCUGGCGACAAAAUCCAGGUUAUAACAGAUGACGAGGAAUACAACGAUGGAUGGUACUACGGGCGCAACCUUCGGACAAACGAAGAGGGCUUGUAUCCAAAAGUGUUUACACAAGAGAUUUCAAAGCCCUCGCUUGUGCGCGCAAAAUCCGCGAGGAGAGUUGCCAGUCCACUCGCAAAUGGGAGCACAACUAACUUGUCAGCACUGUCUUAUGACGACUCGACAAGUGAGCUCCCCACACCACAGCCUUUGGAGACCGCGGCUCCCGUGAAACUGGAAGGCUCUUCCCGCCACCCAGUUUCCCUAGACCGCAGUAUGUCUGUAAAGGUUACUAUGAGUGAUAUCGAUAAGGCUUUGGAAGAGUUUCGUGGCGACUCACUUGCAAACAUCUCUCAUUCAGCCACAGAGGACCUGAGCGCGAAUACAACUGUAAACACUAUCGCAACCGGCCCUGAUAUGUCACGACUGAAGUUACAUGGUUCUAGCUCUGCGCAUUCGCUGACUAACGACACUUCAUUCGGUACUACCUCUAUAAAUGGUAUCGACGCCAACGAAUUGAAACCAGCGAACGCGCGCAACUGGAGCCCGGAACAGGUCACUGCUUACUUCAUAGGAUCCGGGUUUGACGUUGAAUCCUCUACAAGAUUUCAGCAACACAAAAUUUCAGGUCUUAUUUUGCUGGAGUUGGAACUUGCGCACCUCAAAGAACUUGAAAUCAACUCGUUUGGGAUAAGAUUUGAAAUUUUCAAAGAGAUUGAAGCUAUCAAAGACAUAAUCAAUACCCAAGGGCCAGUAAAACAGCCCAGUCAGCUUAUGCCAGCUGCUGCUGUUAACCAACGCUCGUAUAUGGGCCAUGCUCGUAAGACUUCACAGUCAAUGGAAGAGCUGCCAGCCAAAACAACAGCCGUGCCUUCAAACCCGCUGCCACAGAAGUCGAGUAGAGCUAGACCAUAUUCAUUGGCUUUGCCCGACAACGAGGCUUCACCGGCUCCACUGGAGGCUCAUAACGAUCGUACAACUUCGAACGGCAAGUCAAAAAAUCACCAAGUUGACGACAAAAACUUUCUGUCGCCUCGCAAAGCCCCCAAACCACCUUCCUAUCCAAGUCCUGUUCAACCACCAAGAUCUCCCAUUGUUCAGAACUAUACACCUAGUCCAUCUAGUGGCCAUUUUUCUCAGAGCUAUAAAAAUGCACCUCCAACAAUAUAUGAGCGCGCUCCACACAUGGAAACUCGCCCUAGCAAUGGUUCCGAAUCCAAUUCCACGAAGUUUCAAUUUCCGAAAACCACACCUCCUCAGCUCUUAUCUGAGGCAAUUGAACUGGGAAGUGAACGCAGAGAAAGAAAGCUAUCAAGCGCUGAGAAUGAUGAGCGAAUGAUUUUUAACACUACAAACUACGCCGGUAACCGCAGUUCAAUUAUCUAUUCUGGUCAACAAGGGCACAGGAAAAGCAAAUCCGGUAGUUCAUUCGUGGAUUUAUUCAAUAGGAUAUCGAUGAUGUCUCCAGCCCCUCCUAAAGCACCACAAAACGACAUUGAUGGGUUGAGUGUACUUGAUAGUCAACAAUUGAGACCUAGUUCAAGCAUAUACGAGCACUCAAGAGCGGCCUCACAACACUCCAGGACGGCUUCCCCAAGCCACAUAAAACACCCCUCUCAAACAAACGCGGAGGUUAAAAAGCAUAGGAGGAAUUCGUCCCUCCUUUCGUUUUUUUCCAACAAAGGUGAAGAAAACGGUAGGUCAAGUUCUCCAACCAAGAAAAGCCAUUCUAGAAAAACAUCGGUUUCCCACAGUAGAAAAAACUCGGCUUUGGGCUUUUCUUCCUCAACCCCCUUUUCCCCUGACCGAGGUUCCAAGUCUCCUACCAAGCGUCACUCGGUAAUCGUAUCGCCCAUUGUUGCGCCUGUUUCCCCUGUUGAAGAGACAGCUGAAACUGAAAAACGCCGGUCGGUUAGUGCCAAAGAACCUAGUUCCACUCUAGGAGGCACAGAUAGUGACUUGUUCUUUGAUGCAAAUGAUGAUACUUUAGAAGACAGAAAGAACAAGAGAUCGGUUAGCGAAGCUGUGAAGUCAAAAUCUACACGGUCAAAAUCAAAUAAAAAUGUUCCAAGAAAGAUGAAGACUUCUGCUUUUAUGGAGGGUAUCAGAACAGUCAGUGUUAAGAGUGCGAUGUCCGAGGCCGACUGCUCUGGCUGGAUGAGUAAAAAGGGAUCUGGUGCUAUGGGCGUUUGGAAAAACAGGUUUUUCACUCUUCAUGGCACAAGGCUUUCUUAUUUUGCGAGCACAACUGACACUAGAGAACGUGGCUUGAUCGACAUAACAGCGCAUAGAGUUGUUCCUGCUAAGGAUGAUGACAAGCUUGUUGCCUUAUACGCCGCUAGCACUGGUAAGGGGCGUUACUGCUUCAAGCUUUUACCACCCCAACCCGGUUCGAAGAAGGGCUUGACUUUUACCCAACCUCGCGUGCAUUACUUUGCUGUAGAGACCAAGGAAGAGAUGCGGGCGUGGAUGGCUGCCUUAAUCAAAGCUACCAUAGAUAUUGACACGAGCGUCCCCAUCAUAAGUUCUUGCGCCACACCUACUGUCUCACUAAACAAGGCCCAGGAAAUGCUAACUCAAGCACGCGAAGAGACGAGAGCACGUGAAGAACAAAGGUUCCUAAAUGAAGAGGAUGAGGAUCAGCUGCUCUGGGAACAACAACAAAGGGCCGAGUUGAGUGCGCAGCAAAAUGCAACUGGAGGUUCAACACCAAAUUCGCUGCAAAUUAAUUCAAGCACUGGGCCAGGCUUCCAUAGUCCGUACCUAUUGGCAUCCGGCGUCCUCUCGCCGGGCGCUCCCCAAAGCAAUAGCCGCUUGUCUGAUCAACAAGGAAGUGACUACUUUUUGCUCGGUUCCAAAUAUGGUAAUUCAAAAAUUUAA